AUGACACUUGCAAGCAACGAGUGGAACGACUCGGUUGUCAACAGCGAACAGUCACACAAAACGGUUGCAUUCAGUGUUGACGAUGUUAGCGUAGGGGGAGAUUGGAUGACACAGGAAACGUGUAGAGUAUUUGCUGCACUUCGAAGAAAUCGCGUUGCAGUUGUUACUCGACUUCGUAUCACAGACGCUAUGAAAGUGGAUGAACAACAAUAUGAGCAAUUACUGCGGUGGUACCGCAAGGCAAGGAAGCAACAUUGUUUAAAGCCGUCAAUAGAGGUGGGCGUAGGUUUUAUGUCAGUGCAAUCGUGUGACACAAAAAGUGAAUUGGAUCUUUCUGAUGAAAAACUGGAACAUGUUCAUGAUGAAGAUGCGUCUGGUGCAGAUGUCAUUAGUCCAACAAAUGUAACCGAACCCAGCAAAUACUUUGUGGGUACGAAAACUCAAGAUGAUAAGUACGAAGAGACAUUUCCUGAUACAGAAACGGUGGACAUCCCGAGGUACAAAGUGGAUGAGUUGACUGUAACGCCGUCGAGAUCAAAUGUUACUAUCAAAUCGGCAAAUUAUGUGGUAGGAGAAGACGUUGCGUUAUCCGUCGGUGACUGCAACCUGGUAGAUAUGCAAUAUACGAAGGCGUGGAAUGAACAGGAUACGGUCAAGUCAAAUGUUCCUGUGCAUUGCGGGUCGCGUUACGAAUCAAUCGGUUUAUUUGAAGAACCGAAUUCAUUGAACAUCAUAUACGGGGACACCUCCACUGCAGAAUAUGUUUACAACGUUAUACGUGCCUCCAACUCAUUUUCUUACGGAUAUAUCGUUAAUUUCAAGGUUCUGUAG